AUGGCGUUCAGAUGCACGGCCAGAGUUGAUAUUGGUACGUUGUCUGUGCGAGUGGUUCUUCCGACGAACGAAGGGAUUUUAAAGUGUUUUAUGAGCGAUUUCAUCUGACAAAAAAAAUUUAGACUUAUUAAUUUAUUCGUGAUGAAUCUGGCCGUAUUUCUAUGGAUAUUGCAAGCGAUUUGGAUUAAAGGUAUCUAUGCAGCUCAGCAAUUCGAAAUCAAGCCUAGCAGCGUGGAGGUGAACCCUGGCGACACAGCUGUUCUAACGUGCAAAGUGCACAACCGACAAGGCGAAUGUGCUUGGUUGAAGGAUGGCAAAGUGAUGGGCAAGAUUGAUACCAAGUAUGAGUUCUCGAGAGAACCCCCGGAUGGUGACUGCAGCAUUCGCAUCCGUAAUGCUAAAAUUGAAGAGGAUGAUGGCAUGUGGCAGUGUCAAGUGACACAAAUUGCUUUGACGGAGCCAACACUAACAGCACCCGAAGUGAAGUUUACUGUUAGAGAGCCUCCUGUGCCCCCCAAGAUUGAAGACAAUACAAAUCUCCUCCCUGCUGGCGAACCUUACCCCACCCAGGAGGGGAAACAAAAAAGAUUACAUUGCAUAUCCAGGAAGGGCAAUCCCCCAGCAAAGCUGAAGUGGUUUAUUGAUGAUACGGAUAUCACCAGCAUGUCCAAUCAGACAAACAGCACUGAUGUGGACAAACCCAAAACGUGGCAGGCUGUCAGCGUGCUGGAUUAUGUCUUCCAGAAAGAUCAUAACAACAAAAUGCUCAAAUGCGUUGCCAUCCACGCUGCCUAUGACACUCUCACAAAGGAUAUCAAGAUUCCCCUUGAAGUUCUUUACUUACCAGAGAUCCGACUGGAGGGCCAGCCCGUCAGGGACAUUGAAGAAGGAGAGUCGGUGUCUGUGAAGUGUGUGGUAGAUGCCAAUCCUCAAGCAAACGUGAUCUGGAAAAAAUCCGGCUAUUCCAGUAUCUAUGCGUUGAAGGAUCAGAUCGAGUUCAUGCCGGUUAAGCGAUCCGAUUCUGGAAUCUAUAGCUGUUCGGCCACCAAUGAUGUAGGUACUAGCCAGGAGUUGGAAGUCAACAUUGACGUCAAAUACAAACCACAGAUUCUGAAUGUGUCGCCAAUUCAUGGAGCUACAGUUGCUGUGUACAACAGUACGACGUUGGUGUGCGAAGCAGAAGGAAAUCCACCUCCUAAAUAUUCGUGGCUCCAGAAGAUGGGAGGUGAUGGCAUUGAGUGGCAACAGAGAGGCAACACUGCUAGGCUCGUGAUACAGAACGUAACAUAUCAAUAUCAAGGGCAAUAUGUUUGUGAGGCUUCCAACGUCAUCAACGGACACACAUACAAAGCGACAUCAGCCGAAAUUAGCUUAGAUGUGACUGGAGCCCCGCAAGUUUUAACAGAUACUGCCCGGACGAAGAAACGGGUUGUCGUGGAAAAAGACGAAGAUGCCAUCAUUCCCGUGUACUUCUGCUCCGAUCCCAUUCCUCAAAGAACAUUCUGGGAGUGGGGAAGUAUCAAACUUGAAACUGGAAAUAAGCACAUACGAUACAUUGCAGAAAGACUGCAUAAAGACGAAGGAACUCGAGAUUGCUACGAAGCUCGACUCAUUGUAGAAAGAGUGGAUGGCAGCGAUUCCAGGAAAUACACUCUAAAUGUUGAGAAUGAACGAGGCAGCGAAGCUUUUGCUGUAGCUUUAGAAGUUAGAGAGCCAGUAGCGAUGUCGGUUGUGAUAGGCAUCGUGGUGGGUUGCAUCAUUCUCCUCCUCAUCAUCACCCUCGUUAUUCUUUAUCUUCUCAAGGCGGAAAGGAUGUGCUUCAAUCGUAAAGGAUUUAAACCGGACAGCAGCGAAAGCGAUGCCGAAAGUGGCCGAUCUGCAGAAUUGAUUCACAACGGCAGAUCUAAACCUGGCGCUAUUCCUCCUGAUGCUCUUUACACGGCUACCAAAAGGGACAGCAACUCUUCAUCGGACAGGCCACUCUAUGAAAACCUUAAGCCUGAUAAAAAUGACAACAGGAACGAAGCUUCAUUGGUGUAUGCCAGUUUGGAUUUGCCCAAUCCAGUUCCACAAACGAGGAACGGACACAACAAGCCCAAACACAAUCCUCCACCUCGCCGAGACAGAACCGAAUACGCUGAAAUACAGUUCCAGCCUAAAGUUUACGAGCAGGCGUCGCUAUAAUUGCUGCCAACAGCAAUUGAAUCUUCUUGUACAUUCCACCAAGGAUUCCACUUACUACAGUAUGAUGAUCUUGAUGUUUGCUUCCAGUCUAAUGGCCACUUGGAUCGCCAGAGCUUGCGAAAGGAACAAGUUGUUCCUCUACUCGAAAAAACACUUGAAGAUCAGUGGAUUAAUUUAUUUAAAUUCAAUAAUACUCACGAGACUGCUGUAAAAUAUUGUUAAUGAGACUGGUGGCUCUUAUAUGACAGCAACAAUGUGUGGACAUUUUUAAUUAUGCACUGUUUGCAUAAUUUUGACAAUUCGCAUUUGUUGUCAUGUGUACCAAAGAUCAAAUCGCAGUGAAUGGCCCUUGAAACAACUUUCUAUGAACUGUGGGUAUUCACAUUAUUGAAAUGCUAUAAACUUUGUCAAAACUCAUGUUUAUGAUGUGUUGGUUGUGCUGUGGAAAUAAUUUGAAGACAGCUUUAAUUGAUAUAUAUAUGUAUACUUCAUGUUCGCUGAUGUGCAAAAUUGUUUUGAUGUUACAUAUGUCAGAUAAACGUAAUUGCAGAAAUAAUUACAUUGUUUGUUAUUAUUAAAUGAUAUGGAGAACUUAAUUUCCCUGGCUAAUUUUACAAAAGAGCUUAACUUUUUCCAGGAUCAAGAUUUUUUUUUUCUCUGCAUUUUGCUUGUAUACAUAAACAGUUAAUUCGAACUUUCGUAUAAUAAAUUACUUACACAUAGGAAAAUACUUUUUUUUACCUUGAAAUUUUAAGAAACGUAAGUUUAUCUUAAUGUGUUUAACAAUUCGUUAGUUGCAAUCAUUGAUUGACAACGAUUGAUUGACAUUCGCCAACCAUUAAAACGAUCGCCAAAUAACCAAUAAAGGUAUAGUAAAGGGCAUAGAAUUUUGUGAAUUGCCAUACUUGGCGUAUUUUCUGUUGGAAAAAAUACUAUAGUUUGACUAUCAUACUGCAAUGAGUUUUUAUUAGAUAUUGCAACUAAUGAAUUGUUAAUAUUAAAUCAAACAGUUUCGACCUACUGUAAAACAAAUCACCUUCAUAUCACACAAUGCUUUGAGAUAGAAAUACUCAAAUUGAAUGAAAGUAGUAUAAUAAAUUUAACUAUCAAAUCAUAUCUAUUCAAGUUAAACCACUGGUAAAAGGGCUUGUAAAAUCUAGAAUAUAGCAAAAAAUUUGUGUUAUGCACUAAAUGUUUAAAAAAUUAAUUUGAUUACCUCGUCCGAGCUUGAAAGAAAUAAAGACGAUGGCCUUUGAGUAGUAUAAGGCUGUGUUGAUAAAUUUGCUGAACUCAUACUAAACAGAAUGAUGCUUGUUAUCGAUAUAAGUGUUUAUUGGUGUUCAAAUUCUAUGUCUACUGCAAAAUUGUUCUUUUGUGUCGCUGAAAAAUGACUAACGUUCUGUACAGACAUGUUUGAUAUUUUUGUGAGUGUUGUUAAUGUGUAAAAUAUCAAUGUUCCUUAUCUGUAACCUUUUAUCUUUAGAUGCUAGAUAUUUUAAUUAAAUUAAUAAUCUUUUGUAUUUAAAAAUGUUUGCUAUUUUACAUUUCAAUUUGUUCAAUUUGUAUUGUAAUGGUUUUUUAUAUAUUUAAUUUAGUUCUGCAAAAUUUGUUUCUACCUUUUAUGCAAUGGCAUAGUUAGUGUGAAUUGUGCUUGGGAAAGCAUAUUUUACCGCACUCUUCAUUUUUGUCAUUAAAAAGUGAAAUAAAUGCACUGAUAAUUUGUCUUCAGCAUUCCUCAAGACUGGCAUAUAGGACAUUUGUACCUUUACUCCAUCGUUUUCCCUUCUGCGCUACGCCACUGCUUUUGAAGCAAAAGUUACCACUCAGUAAACUGUUAACAAAACAAUCAGUUCGACAUAAUGCCCAAUGCCAAAAUAAGUUUAACUUUGUAUUUUAUUUCAAGAUAAAUAUACAGAAAUAAAUAAUAUUUUACAAAAAUUAGGUACCAUAUUAUUCAAUAAUUUAAUUAAUAUUUGUAAUUUGUAGCCCCCCCCCUUUUUAAAUGAGUUUGUCGAAACAAAAAUAAAUUACGAUAUUUUAGCAUCUUAAAAUAUGUUAAGAAAAAAUAAUUCAAAUAAUCAAUUAUUAGUUUUCGACUGAGACUUUUAUGUCUUGUUUAGCAAAAACAAUGUUCUUUUCAGUAUCAAUUUUAAUGCUUAUGAAAAACAUUAAAGACUUGAUUUUAUAUUUAAAGUGCAUAGAAUUUGAUUUGAUAAAAAUCUUUUUUAUAGGAUUUUACAUAUAUAAAUAAAAUGGAACUAAGUUUCCAAAGCUUUUAACUAAUCUGAGGCAAUUUAUUCGACAUCAAACUUUUUUUUUAAUUCGGUAAUCCAAUAGUAUUUGAUAUUCGAGAAGUUUUAUUAUUGAAUUUGUACUUAGUAUUGUAAACUCAAAUUACUAAAAAUACAUAUUAAUGAAAAAGAGAUAAGGCAAAUGGCAAAAAUUUUAUUUUCUACUGAAUUAAUGUGUAAAUUUAUAUUUUGAAUUUACCACUAUAAAAUCAAAAUUAAAGAAUUAUAUGCAAAAUGAUUUUAUAUAAAUAUCAGUUAAAGCCAAUUACUUGGAGUGAUCAUUGAUAUUUUGUCUCUGGAUGUUAUGACAGUUUUCAAAAUGGUGGCAAGUUAUAUUUGAGUUGCAAUUCCAUUAAGUUGUAUUUUAUUUCUUAUAAGAUUGAUUAUAAAGUAUUUCACUGCAUAUUUGUGUCUGUGAGAAAUGCAUUUUGUAUAUAGGCAUUGAUGUACAAUUCUGAUGAAAAUGUCAUUUUGAU